UCACUAUUAACUGCAAAUCCCACAAUAACAUGCUGCCCAAAAAUCAAAAUAAUAAUACAGAUCCCAAAAUUUUAUCAGUGAAUAAUCAAGUGCCAGACAAGGGUAAAAGUGGUCAAAAACUUGAUCAUGUAGGGAACAAAAAUAGACUGUCUAAACUGUCUGUUAGAACAGUAAACACCAUAGUAGGGAACAAAGAUGCCACUCUGAACACAAUCGCCACCACAUCGGGUGUUACAAUCGCUACGAGUAGGAUAAAUCAACCUAUAAAGAAGAAUAGUGGAAACAAUGACAAUAUAAAAUCAAAUGACCAACAGUUACCAAAACCCUCGCCAAUAGUGACUACGAAUCAAUCCAGCUCUAAAUUCGGUAGUGUAAGAGGUGUUACUACAUCUUGUGUUAGUGGUACUGUUCCUCAUGAAAAUCCACCCAAGUCCAAAGAUUAUUCUACUAAAAAGUUUUCCAGUGAGAUCGAUUCGAAAAUGAAGAACUGUCAGAUACAACCCGAUUACAAAGAAUCGUCUAUAAGUAAUCAGGAUUACAAAACGAGGAAUAGCACGGCUAUGAACAAUUUACCAUCAAGAUUUGUGAAUCAGGCAUCUGUUCCAACAUUGCACAGGGAGAACCACGGAACUUCCAGUAGCGCAUAUCAUUCUCGAUCGACCUCGCAGAACGAUAAUACGGCAUUCGCCGUGGCUAGGAAAGCUUUGGAGCAACAGAAUCCUACGUCGAAGAUGGCUCCGAUCAACUUCCCGCCAUUACGUGCACCGCAAAGUAUCGUGAACGUUCGUCACCCAUUCGUAACAGAGGCAAGAACCAAACACAAUGAGAUAAGUGGGUCAAGCUCGAAGUCGAAAUUAAAUAUGGGAAGUCCUCUGCAGAGUGGUGUCAAAGAUCUCGACCACAGCAGACAAACGUUUCACAGUUACGGUACCUCACAGAUUGCCGGAAUACCGAAUGUUCAAAGUUUGAGUAACGUUACGGCGAACAUGUCGCCUUAUCCAAGGCCGGAAAGCUUUCCUCAGCCAACUGUCGCGAGCGUAUUGUUCCCCGACACAUCGCAGUUCCCUCAGUCGCCACCCUUCAGCACUACACAAAUUGGACAGCUAAAUCAGUACCAGACUUACGAUCCCAGCAGUUUUGCGACCACGCCGGUGAACGUAAAUCCAGUAAUUCCGCAGUUUUCCGCGGAGAGUUCGAUCCCGUAUCCGCAAUACGAUAAUCCUCCUCAAUUCGUGCAACCGAAUCAUUAUCCGACCGCGGAUAUAGCGAAUAGCCAGUACCAGUAUCAGGCUGCUGGCGUUGGACAGCUGCAGGACUCACCGAUGUUUAUACAAAGCCUGCAAAGUCCGAUCGCCGUAACGGAUCAGUAUGCUGCUCCGAGUUACGCCAGAACAGUCAGGACUGAACUGAUACCACGAUUGAGGAGGCCUCCGAGAUUCAACAAGUAAAAAUGAUUAUCUCUGUUCGUUUCGUUUUUUUUCCUUUUUUCUUUCUUCGACGUGUUGCAUGCCGAAUGAUUUUCCUGUGUUCUUACCUGUGACGCAGGAGCUUUUACCGAACGGAAUAGACACAUAACGGUAAAACACUCUAUGAAAUUAUUUAAUCGAAUUGAUGUUACGAUCAGUAAUAUUAAAAUUUUUGCGAACAUUUAAUUAAAUGUUGAACUACUGUAACUGAUUCGAUUGAGGAUUACCGACGAUCCAAGCGGCGCCAUAGACGAAUGAGACGUCGGCCGUUGGUGACCUGUCACAGUAUUCGGCGCAUUGAAACCAUCGUUGAACAGAAAUCGUAUUAAGUGAAGGAAGUGCGUGAAAAAGAAGACUAAAUCUGCUAAUCGGAUUGAAUCGUUGGCGCAGUGAAAGAUGUGAAUGUAGGAGUUGGAAAUGGUAAAACCAGUAAUUUUCGACGAGAUUCUUCGAAUCGCGUGUCUCAUAGAGAUUGCGAUUGCUGAAGGCUGUAUAAGAAUUCUGCCACGAAGAUUUUUUACGUACACAUAUACAGAGGAAAAGAAACGCGUACAGAAACGAAGAGAGAGAAUCAUUUUGACUUGUUUACAUCGUUCAAUGUGACAUGGCAGGGCAUAGUGAGUUGAGCUCGAAUUCUAAUUUUAUGACGUAAUUUAUCUGCAUCAUAAAAAUACGAGAAGUGAGAACUGGAGAAUAAAUAAAUAAGAAAAAAAAGAGAGAAAUUAAAGUGAAAGAAGGCAGUUGCAUCCAGUUUGUUAAAUUGUAUAUAAAUUAUGACUGCUGGCUAAGAAUAGUAUCAUUUAUAUAAAUAUUGCGAAAUGGUUUCGAGGACGGAUUUGUUUUCCACCGAGGCGGCGACCAAAACAAAUCUGUCGGUGAGUGAAGCAGAGUCCACAGUCAUAUUACUAUGUUAAACAAAAAAAGAAAAGAACGAAAGGAAAAAAGCAACUAGAGGAUGGAAAAGAUGAUUCACGACAUUUGUGAGAUAAUAGGGAAGAUGAUAAAGCAACUGGAUUAUAAUUAUAAUACGAUAAGUCCUAGUUUUAAUGAAUGGUAUUCUACAAGCUAUACUUUGCAUAGAUUUAGUGGAGGUUUUCCAAUAUUUGCAUAUUACUUAGCUUACCGCUAUGUUUUUAAUGUGCUUCACUAUCUAUAUAUGGGAUGGAUAACGAUGUUCAUUACAACGCACGAAACCGUUUAUACUCGUGGGAAUGAUGGAAAGUGUUCUGUAAUCUAUCGAGAAACAGAAAAGAAAAGUUAGCGAAAUAGAGGAUUGAUAUGUCGCAGUCCCGCUGCGAUCAAGACUUCUCGGUUGAUUUGAACAUCGUGUCUUCACCGAGCGUAUGCACAGUGCAGACGUAGCUUUCGGCGGUCCGUGUAUAAUAAUGGCGAUCGCGAUAAAGGUAACGAUAUAAUCUUUCAGUGGUGUAUAUUUUUCCUUUAGUAUAGUAGCUCAUAAACUCAUAAGCAUCAUAUUACUAAUACGAGUAAGGUUAAUCGUUAAGAAUUCCUCAUUAAGUACACAUCUCGUAUAGCCAAGUAUAUACUCGUGUGUAUUGAAUUUUGAAUUGCCUAAGUGCGUCGACCUCACCGGAUGAGACAUUUAUACUAAAUGAAAAAGGAUCACAUCGCAUGGACAAACAGCGUUGAGAGGACGCGACCGUCGGUAUGAAUGGAAGUGAAUGUGUUUCGCGGAAACGGAAUACCAUGGAUCACUGCUACUCUGGACAGGAACACGAUGAGUCGUUUCAUGGGAGAAAUAAGGAACGUUCGCGCGAACGAAUAGAUAAUCGAAUUAGAAGACACUGUGUUCAUCGUCUCAUUGAUCAAUAAGCGCAGUGAUUCUUCAGCCUCUGAUCUCAGUAGUCUCCCGUCACGCGUACCCCGUAACAUUACCGGGCAAAAAUUUGAAAUUACUUCGUGACUGCAAACAUUUGAUUGACAGUAUAAAUUCAAUUUUACAUCGUAGGCAGAACUUUUGUUCGUGGACAGUGCUCGAAAAAAAGGAUUGACUUGUCAAAGCGAGUAUUUAACGAUUAGCAAAUAUGAAAAGCAUGUUGCUAACAUGAGAAUUCAAGUCGAAGCUAGGAAAGAACAUUUACCUCAUGGAUCAUAACGUGAAGGUAACGAAGGUUACACACCGAGUCAUAAGUAAAUGAUUUGUAGGUCAAAUUUGGUCUAAAUAUUCUCUAAUUUUGUAACAUCUUAAAAUUGUAAACAUUCGCCAUUUAGGAAUGAAAGUGCUCGCGGAACGGGAGAAUACUGUAUUAUUCCCGUGUAACUGGUAUUAACAUACACAUACACAAUUUUGUCCAGUUUUUUAUUUUCUUGUUUCAAAUUCACGUUUAAUUGAUUGGUAAAUAUUGUAAUAGAAAUAUUAUAAUAUUUCAUAUUUUUGCUAUCGAAGAUUCUUGCUCUAAGCAGUUUCAGCUUGUAAACAGUCGGUCAGCUCGCGAGAGGCGUACUUAUAUUGUUAACACGUCAACUAUUGUUCGAAUAAUUUAUAAUUCAAUUGUUUAAUUCAGUAUUUUGAAGCACCGAGUAUUUCUAUUCGCCAUGAUGUAAACGGUACAGUUUGUAGAAUGCGUAUUUUGAUACCAGUGUAGAUCAAGGUACGGGUACCCCGAAAGCGAGGGCGCGAAGUCACAUACACUGGCGGUGAACGUGUUAAUUAAUCAGGCAUCAAGUACUAAAAUAGUGGAAGUAAAAAUGAAACGAACCUUGUUCGGUUCUUCGAUGAGUGAACUCUAAAAAUCACUAUAUCGCCUGCGUGUAUGUGACAGUGGUCUCUCAACGCGUCGAAGGAAAGUGUGCGAUUGCCGCGUUCACUUAAUUAAUGAGGGGUGUUUUUCUAUAAAUGAACGGAUCGCGCUAUUAUUUGUCACGACGAACGCGGGCAAACGAUCCGUAGCGCGGGUAGCAUGCCAGCGAGCGAUAACUGAUCGUAAGAUGCAAAUAAAAUUUCACGUAUGAAAUGGGUGUGUGCGUGCCGCGCAAACAGCUGGCCAGAUAACGAUGCAAUAACGAGUAAAAACGGGUAUUGGCGCGUGUUCAUGAUAUCUUGGCCAGCGUUUGACUUAUACCGACAGUACAAAACAGAUUCUUUUCCCGUAAAGUAGAUUGAACCGCGGGCCAGGGUAUCGCGGGAAUGCGACGAAUGUACGGUAAAUGUAGUAUAUGUGAAUCGACGGGCGAGGCGCGAUUCGAUUCGUGAAAUUAGCUAGCCACCUGUUCAUUCAAGAGACGUCGAUUUUCAUGUCAGUUUUCACGGUUCACGUUGAUCGUUCAGCAAUCCUCUCAAUUUGGCGAGAGACCCUUAAUUGGAGCCGCUCACGAAAGUCGAACGAAUUCCUCGUGUCUCUCCCGCUGAUCGUGCGGAGCGUGUUUAUGUAGAGGAUAGAGCGGCGUCGCUGAGAACCGUGCGCGCCUCAACGUUAGCACACCAAGCUGGACGAGAAAGAACGAGAUUCUAACUAGCUGAGGCGAUGUCUCGAGAGUCGCGACGUAAUUUAUUCCGGUCGG